UCCAAGUCAAAAGAUGGACAUUGUCUUCCUGAUUGAUGGCUCCGGCAGUAUUGACCAAGACGACUUUAAGCAGAUGAAGGACUUUGUCAUAGCUGUGAUGGGACAGUUUAAGGGCACCAACACGCUGUUCUCCCUGAUGCAGUACUCCAACCAUCUGCAGAUCCACUUCACCUUCACCGACUUCCAGAGCAGCCCAAGCCCUCGGAGUCUGGUGGAUCCAAUUGUCCAACUGAAUGGCCUGACGUUUACAGCUACAGGCAUCCGGACAGUGGUGAAAGAACUAUUUCAUGGUAAGAAUGGUGCCCGUGAAAGUGCCAAGAAGAUCCUCAUUGUCAUCACAGAUGGGCAGAAAUACAAAGACCCGCUGGAAUACAGUGACGUCAUCCCCCAGGCAGAGAAAGCUGGCGUCACUCGCUAUGCCAUUGGGGUGGGACAUGCUUUCCAGGAACCCACCGCCAAGGAGGAGCUCAACACCAUUGCUUCAUUGCCCUCUCAGGAUCAUGUGUUCAAGGUGGACAACUUUGCAGCACUCAGAAGCGUCCAGGUGCAGCUGCAGGAGAAGAUCUUUGCAGUGGAGGGAACCCAGUCGAGGACAAGUAGCUCCUUCCAGCAUGAGAUGUCACAAGAAGGCUUCAGUUCAGUGCUCACAAUGGAUGGACCAGUUCUGGGGGCUGUGGGGAGCUUCAGCUGGUCUGGAGGUGCCUUCCUGUACCCCCAAAAUGUGAGCCCCACUUUCAUCAGCAUGUCUCAAGAGAAUGUGGACAUGAGGGACUCUUACCUGGGUUACUCCACCGAGUUGGCCUUUGGGAAGGGGGUGAAGAGCCUGAUCCUGGGGGCUCCCCGCCAUCAGCAUACUGGGAAGGUUGUCAUCUUCACCCAAGAGUCUGGACGAUGGAAACCAAAGGCUGAAGUUGCAGGGACCCAGAUUGGCUCCUACUUUGGGGCCUCCCUCUGUACUGUGGAUGUGGAUAGAGACAGUAGCUCUGACCUGGUCCUCAUUGGGGCUCCACAUUACUACAAGCCGGCCUGGGGGGGCCAGGUGUCCGUGUGCCGCUUGCCCCAGGGGACGGCUAGGUGGCAGUGUGAGGUCCUUCUGUGUGGGGAGCAGGGCCACCCGUGGGGCCGCUUUGGGGCAGCCCUGACAGUGCUGGGGGAUGUGAAUGGGGACAAGCUGACAGACGUGGCCAUCGGGGCUCCAGGAGAGCAAGAGAACCGGGGUGCUGUCUACCUAUUUCAUGGAACCUCAGAACUGAGCAUCAGCCCCUCCCAUAGCCAGCGGAUUGCAAGCUCCCAGCUCUCUCCCACACUCCAGUAUUUUGGACAGUCGCUGAGUGGGGGUCAGGAUCUCACCCAGGAUGGACUAGUGGACCUGGCUGUGGGGGCCCGUGGACAGGUGCUGCUGCUCAGGUGAUAACUCCCCACAUCCCAUCCUUGCCCUCGGUGUGUCC